CUCAGCAAAGGCUGCUCUCUCCACCUGGCCCAGCGCUGGAGCCAGCUGUUCAACAUCCAGCUGAGGAGGAUGCCCAUUUUAUCCAAGGACUCUGCACCUGGACUCAUCAUGGCCACAGGAUCCGUUGGCAGGAAUCUGGCCAACAAGCCCAACGUUUACGUAUCGAGCAGCGCUGGAGCUCGCUGGAAAGAGGCUCUGGCUGGCCCUCAUUUCUAUACUUGGGGGGACCACGGGGGUAUCCUGAUGGCCAUCACACAGGGAGGCGCCACCAAACAUCUCAAGUUUAGCACCAACGAAGGAGAGACGUGGACCGAGUUCCAGUUCUCGGAGAAGGAGGUGUACGUGUACCAGCUUCUGACGGAGCCGGGGGAGAAGAGCACCAUCUUCACCAUCUUCGGCUCCUAUGCUGAGCAGAGGCACAGCUGGCUCAUCCUGCAGGUCAACACCUCGGAUGUUCUGGGCGUCCCGUGUUCAGAGGCCGACUACAAGCGCUGGUCUCCUUCAGACGAACAUGGAAAUGAGUGUCUGCUGGGCAGAGAGGUGACCUUCAAGAGGAGAGCUCCUCACGCCACCUGCUUCAACGGGGAGGACUUUGAUCGCCCCGUCACCGUCUCCAACUGCUCCUGCACGCGGCAGGACUACGAAUGUGACUAUGGCUUUAAGCUCAGCGAGGACCUGUCUCUUCAGGUGUGCGUACCGGACCCAGAGUUCCUUGGAGACCUGUACGCUCCUCCGGUCCCUUGUCCUGUUGGGACCACCUACCGUCGCAGCAAAGGCUACAGGAAGGUACCGGGGGACAGCUGCAGCGGAGGAGACGUGGAAGCCAGGCUGGAUGGAGAGAUGCUGCCUUGUCCUGUCGGAGAGAGUAACGAGUUCAUCCUGUACGCCGUGAGGAACUCCAUCCACCGCUACGACCUGGCUACAGGCACCGACCAGGCGCUGCCGCUGGCCGGCCUCAGGGAAGCUGUGGCUCUGGACUUUGACUACGACAGGAACUGCCUGUACUGGGCCGACAUCUCGCUGGACACCAUCCAGCGUCUGUGUCUGAACGGCAGCACGGGUCAGGAGGUCAUCGUCAGGAAAGACUUGCAGAAUGUGGAGGCCCUGACCUUUGACCCCAUCAGCAGGCUGCUCUACUGGGUAGACGCUGGAGCCCAGAAGAUAGAGGUUUCUAAUCCUGAUGGCGACCUGCGUCACACUCUGCUCAACUCCACCGUCCUGGAGCAUCCGAGAGCUCUGGUUCUGCUGCCUGCAGAAAGCAUGAUGUUCUGGACUGACUGGGGAGACCGGGCCGCCGGCGUCUACCGCGGCUUCAUGGACGGGACCAACGUGUCCUGCAUAGUGUCUGAAGGCGUCCGCUGGCCCAACGGGAUCACCGCCGACGACCAGUGGCUGUACUGGACCGAAGCUUACAGCGACCGCAUCGAGAGGGCCAACUUCGACGGGGGGCAGAGGAGCGUUCUGAUGGAGGGGCUGCCCCAUCCGUACGCCAUCGCCGUCUUCAAGAACGACCUGUACUGGGAUGACUGGUCAAGGAUGGGAAUCUUCAAAGCUCCAAAGGCUGGAUCUCAGAACAAUGAGCUGAUUGUUGGCCGACUGACUGGAGUUAUGGAUCUGAAGAUCUUCUAUAAAGGGAAGAACCGAGGACAUAACGCCUGCGCCGACCAGCCGUGCAGCUUGCUGUGUCUGCCACAGCCCAGCCACAGACACACCUGCGUUUGUCCGGACGGCGCUCCCACCGUCACCACGCCCAGCGGGGAGCUGCAGUGCCUGUGUCCCUCUGGUUACCGGCUCCAAAACAACACCUGCAUCAAGAUCGAGCACAGCUGCUUGCCCAAUCAGUACCGCUGCUCCAACGGCCGCUGCAUCAACAGCAUCUGGAAGUGCGACAGCGACAACGACUGUGGAGACAUGAGCGACGAGCAGGAGUGUCCGACGACCACCUGUGACCCGUCCAACCAGUUCCGCUGCGUGGCCUCGGGCUCCUGCAUCCCGCUGGCCUUCAAAUGUGACCACGAAGACGACUGUGGAGACAACAGUGACGAGGAGCACUGCGAGUCUCACCAGUGUGGCCCGGGAGAGUUCACGUGCGCACGAGGGGUUUGCAUCCGUGAUGCUUGGCGCUGCGAUGGAGACAACGACUGCAGAGACUGGUCCGAUGAAGCCAAUUGCACAGUGGGCCACCAUACGUGUGAACCGAGCAGCUUCCAGUGUCACACAGGCCACUGUAUUCCACUGCGCUGGAAAUGUGACGGAGAUGAUGACUGUCAGGACAACUCAGAUGAGGAUCCUCAGUACUGCGAGGGAACCCAGUGUAAAGGUUUCCUGUGCUCCAACGGCACCUGCCUUCCAGCUAAGGCUCACUGCAAUGGCAUCCGCGACUGUCCUGAUGGGGCGGACGAGCACAGCUGUGUUACGCCGUCUGAGUUUGGCAAAGUGUGCGAUUCCUACACGUUUGAGUGCGCUAACGGAAUGUGCGUGAGCCUGGAUUGGAAGUGCGACGGCAUGGACGACUGCGGGGAUUACUCUGACGAAGCCAACUGCGCUGCUCCCACUGAGAUGCCGGGCUGCUCCAGGUAUUUCCAGUUUGAAUGCAGGAACGGUCGCUGUAUUCCUACGUGGUGGAAGUGCGAUGGAGAGAACGACUGUGGCGACUGGUCGGACGAGGCCCAGUGCACAGGGGGCGCCACUCCGCACGCUGCCACCUCUGGGCCCAUCACCUGCGCCCCAAACCGUUUCCACUGCGGCACAGGAGCUUGUAUCAUCAACACCUGGGUCUGUGACGGCUACGCCGACUGUCCUGACGGCAGCGAUGAGCUCGGAUGUCCCACAGCAGCUAACAGCUCCAUGACGGCGGGCCCUCCCCCGGCCCCCGGACGCUGCGGUCAGGGGCAGUUCCAGUGCGAUCACCCCCCCCACUGCAUCCAGGAGUGGCUGCGCUGCGAUGGCCACCCGCACUGCCAGGACGGCUCGGACGAAGCUAACUGCCCCACCCAGCAGUCUCUGUUCUGCAUCAACGGGACUCGCUGUUCCGACGGCGAAGCCUGCGUUCUGGACAGCGAGCGGUGCGACGGCUACCUGGACUGUUCGGAUCACAGCGAUGAAGAGAACUGCACCGUGGACACGCGUGCCUACAAAGUCCAGAACCUCCAGUGGACCCCGGACUUCUCCGGAGCCGUUACUGUGACCUGGUCACGCCCCAAAAACCUGCCCCUGAACUCCUGCUACUUCCUGGUCUACUACAGGCUGGUGGGGACACAGCAGUGGACCAGCAUGGACACCCACAGCAACAAAACUUUAUGUGGGUGUGGGCAGGUGGAGUACAGCCAGGACGGCCUUCCUGACUGGACGUCUCAGAGAUGCAGCUCAGCUGGAACCGAGGUGAAGGAGCUGCAGCCGGACAUCCUGUACAGAUUCAGGGUGGCUGCAGUGACCAGUCGAGGUGUUGGAAACUGGACGGACAUUAAAUCCAUCAUCCCCCAGAAAGCUCUGCCUCCUCCCUCAGUCAAAGCCACCAACAUCUCCUCCAGCUCCAUCUCUCUGUCCUUCAGCCUGAGCUCCCGCUCUGAGCUGCAGUAUUUCAUGGUGGUUCUCUUCUGGCAGUUUGACUCUCACGUGAAGGAGAGUCAUCAGUACAACGUCACGCAGGGACAGUUUCAAGCCACAAACCUGACAGCGGGGACGGUGUACGAGGUGUCUGUGUGGGCUCACACCAGCGUAGGAGACAGCCCCACCGCGCUGUCCCACUACCAGACUGCAGGCACCCAGCCGGAGCGCCCCUUCCUCAAAGCCAAGGCUCUCAACCAGACGGCGGUGGAGUGUAGCAUCAACAGCGGCAGCAGCGCCGCUUCCUUGGUGUACGGUGUUUUUUAUGCCACCUCCUUCCUGGAUCUGUAUCGCAGUCCCCAUCAGGUCCGAAGCACGUCCCCCAGCCUCACGGUGACGGUGGACAGCGAUGAGCAGUUUCUCUUCCUGGCUCGGGUCGUCUCUCCUUUCCUGGGUCCUCCCUCUGAAUACGCCGUGGUCAAAAUGAUUCCCGACGAGCGGCUCCCGCCCCGCAACCUGCACCGCGUGCGCGUGGACAAGACGCAGGCCACGCUGAAGUGGCAGCCGCCCUACGACACGCCGGACGCUCCUCUGACGUAUGUGAUCCACGUGAAGGACGUGAUCCGUAAGGCGGAGCGGGACUAUAAGCUGACCUCCAGGAACAACACGGUGGAGUACCUGCUGAAAGGGCUGGAGCCCGGGGGGAGGUACAGCGUCUCCGUCCGCCUGCGCAACAUGACCAAGGAGGCCAGCUUCAACCUGAACACAGUUCCUCUUUCUGCUCCUGAAGCCUUGAAGAUUCUGACAGAAAACGACCACGUCUUCCUGUUCUGGAAGAGCCUGGCCGUCCGGGAGAAGGGCUUCAACGAGAGCAGGGGAUAUGAAGUGCGGAUGUCUGACAGCGAGACCAACCAGACGUCGUACCUGGGAAACACCACAGAGACCUACUUCCGCAUCAACAGCCUGCUGGCGGGACACAACUACACCUUCUCAGUGCAGGCCAGCUGCCUGCUGGGGGGCCAGCUGUGUGGGGAGCCCGCUCUCCUGCUUUAUAACCCUCAGACAGGCAGCAGCGAUGCGUCCCGCGCUGAGAGCCGCUCCAGGGAUAUGGCGUCAGUGGUGGUUCCCGUCCUCUUCCUGCUGUUGGUGGUGGUAGGCGGCGGCUUGGUGGCGCUCUACGUCCGACACCGCCGCUUGCAGAACAACUUCACCGCCUUCGCCAACUCCCACUAUAACUCUCGCCUGGGCUCCGCCAUCUUCUCCUCUGGGGAUGAAUUAGGCGAUGAUGAUGAAGAUGCUCCGAUGAUCAGCGGAUUCUCCGACGACGUCCCCAUGGUCAUUGCAUAGCUGGCCAUCCCCUCGUACAUCGGAGCACCCAGAAACAUCCCGCCAUCUCGGAUCCAUCGGUGGGAAUCCACCCGCUUGGCAGGAAACAUGAAGGAAAACGGGGGAAAAAAGAGAAAUAUUUUUCAAGGAUACGAUGCACUUUUUUUGGAUGCGCAAUAACUUAUUUUUCUAAUGUUAAAUGUUUGUGUUUGUGGGCUCAGACUUGAUGGGGGCGGGGGGAGCGGAAACCGAAGCAAGCUGUGAAGGAUCAGAGUUCGUCCUGGGAAUGAUAGACUCCUUUUUGGAAUUUCAACUCUGUUCGUCGGAGCCGCUUAUUGCUUAAAGCCAAAAUAAGCAUUCAAACUGGAAUAAAGAAUGCAAAAACACAGAACAACAUAGAAAAAGAGAAAUAUAUUAAUAUAGUCUUACGCUGUAAACAUGAGUUAAAAAGCUUGUUCAUCAGGUCAGAAACACGUCUUUGAAUAGUACAGUUAUGUGCUGUACUAUCUGAGCAGGUGUGAUAUUGGCGUCCCUGGCCGGGCAGCUGGGGAAGUUCACUGUGGAUUAUGGACAGAAUGUUCCCCUGAAACACCUUUCCUUUCCAGCACCAGCGCACCGUUCUCUAGAGCCAAACCCACGUCAGGAUCCGAGCGCAGCCGAGCUCAUCGUCACUGUUUGUAAAUAUUUGCUUUUAAUUUCCUCUCCUUGCAAUGCUGCACUGUACCGUUUGUAAAAUGUUUGUUUUUAUGUUUAAAUCGUUCAGGAUAAGAGGGGGUUUGUUGUCCCCAGCGUUUGUCGUAGCUGUGGUCACAGAGGAAGUUUGUUUGGGGUUCUCAGGGAACAGUGAGAGCAGACGCCGGUGCUGGGGGCGGCACCCCCCGGUUACCAUGACUGGUCUGGAUACAAAGGAACCGGUUUGAACUGGGAGCUGUGGAGAGGGUGGGAGCCGUCAACCUGACGUGGCUCUUUGAAAGGACAGUUGGGAUUUUUAAUCUUAAAAGCAGGUUAGCUGGUGAAAUCUCAGCUGCAGUAGAUACAUGAUGGCGUCCUCCAGAUCUUUUAGUACCAGAUGCUAAAGCUAGCAGCGCUCAGAGAGACUACAGCGGACCUCUGCUUCUAAGAACUGGAUUUCUAUAAACCUUUAAACCCUCAGGGUAGAAACUGAUGAAUCAGAUUAACACCUGAACCAAAGUUCUGCAGUUAUUUGGCCUCUAGAACCGACCGACCCGGAUUUAGCCCAAGAAGUUCUGAGCUGGCCCUUUUUAAAACCCAAACUUAGAUAAAGAGGAAGAUGUUCUGAUGCGCCUGUGAGCUAACGGGUCAGAACCGGGCCCUGAUCAAAGCCCAGUUCUGUAAGGUAGAAAUAAAAAGUUAGAUAUAUACCAGCUAUUCAGACAUGAAAGGGAACCCCCCCCGAUUAGAAAACCAGCCGGGUUCUUCUCCCGGGCUUCGGCGCCAUCAGAACCCUCCCUGGAUCUGGCCGAUCACCAAACAUUUUCCUGGGAGUUUUUAUACGGUUGAUUUUAACAUAAAUGUUUUCAGAACCAAAGCAAAUUUCUUUCUAUCAGAAGAGACGUUUCUCUGAAAAAUCCUCCCCUGGUUCCUGUUCCCUGAACCCACCGUACAGCCGGGUUCUGUUCAGGGUGUCGGGCCCGGUUCUAGGACUGGUUUGGGUUUUGCCUCCGGGCCUGAGCCAUUUGAAACCCAAACCCCCGGCGUCCUGCUUUCUCCCCUCCUGGUUUUGUUGUGAAAGACGUCGUCGUCAUGAAUGUAUUUUUAGGUGUAGUUUUUAAAGCGUCGGCCCACCGUCUCUGCUCAAAGAUGGAGUCUGCAGACUCGCCAACAGCAUCGCACCGUCCGGUUCUUCCUGGAUCUACAGAGAAAAUAAUGAAACGUGCAUGUCCUUGCUGUUGUUUAAAGCUGCAUCCUUCUGUCCUUCCUUCAUAUCCUCCUUGGUUUCCUUACAUCUAUGUCUCCUUGCAUCCUAUCUCCUUUUCUCUCUCCUUCCUCCAUCCUGGAAACACA